AUGGCCUGGACAGGCAGCUGGCGGGAAGACCGACGGCCGGGCCGGCCUCGCCCCGGUCCAGUCGGGAGGAGCGCGCCUGGUCGCUGCCGCCUGGUCGCUGCCGGGCGCGGGGCGGCGGUGGGGGCGGCUGGGGCGCUCCUCCGCUGCCGUCCGUGGGGCCGCCAGCGGGCCAGAGGCCGGCGCCAGCGCUCCCCGACCGGCCUGGGACCAGGCAGGCCCCACGGCGCCCUGGGCUGGGGCGCGGUGCCCGAGAGGGCCGUGGGCGUCGGAGGCUGCACCGGGUCCCGGAGCGCCCGACCGCUGGCGGCGGGCCCCGAGGCGGAGCGUGCGCGUCCCCGGCAGGCCCGGCCCGCGGCCCCCAUGGAGGGCACCGUGCAGCUGCUGAGCCGGGAGGGGCACAGUGUAGCCCACAACUCCAAGCGGCACUACCACGACGCCUUCGUGGCCAUGAGCCGCAUGAGGCAGCGGGGCCUCCUGUGCGACAUCGUGCUGCACGUGGCUGCCAAGGAGAUCCGCGCGCACAAAGUGGUGCUGGCGUCCUGCAGCCCCUACUUCCACGCCAUGUUCACAAAUGAGAUGAGUGAGAGCCGCCAGACCCACGUGACACUGCACGACAUCGAUCCUCAGGCACUGGACCAGCUGGUGCAGUUUGCCUACACGGCUGAGAUCGUGGUGGGCGAGGGCAACGUGCAGACUCUGCUCCCGGCUGCCAGCCUCCUGCAGCUAAACGGUGUCCGAGACGCCUGCUGCAAGUUCCUGCUGAGCCAGCUGGACCCUUCCAACUGCCUGGGCAUCCGGGGCUUUGCCGACACGCACUCCUGCAGCGACCUGCUCAAGGCUGCCCACAGGUACGUGCUGCAGCACUUCGUGGACGUGGCCAAGACCGAGGAGUUCAUGCUGCUGCCGCUGAAGCAGGUGCUGGAACUGGUCUCUAGCGACAGCCUGAACGUCCCUUCCGAGGAAGAUGUCUACCGUGCAGUCCUGAGUUGGGUCAAGCAUGACGUGGACACACGCAGGCAGCACGUCCCAAGGCUGAUGAAGUGCGUGCGGCUGCCCCUGCUGAGCCGAGACUUCCUGUUGGGUCACGUGGACGCUGAGAGCCUGGUGAGGCACCACCCCGACUGCAAGGAUCUGCUCAUUGAGGCCCUCAAGUUCCACCUGCUGCCCGAACAGAGGGGCGUCCUGGGCACCAGCCGCACGCGGCCCCGGCGCUGUGAGGGGGCCGGCCCCGUGCUCUUUGCCGUGGGCGGCGGGAGCCUGUUCGCCAUCCACGGGGACUGCGAAGCCUACGACACGCGCACCGACCGCUGGCACGUGGUGGCCUCCAUGUCCACACGCCGGGCCCGGGUGGGGGUUGCUGCUGUUGGGAACCGUCUGUAUGCCGUGGGCGGCUACGACGGGACUUCAGACUUGGCUACCGUGGAGUCAUAUGAUCCUGUGACCAACACGUGGCAGCCCGAGGUGUCUAUGGGCACGAGACGAAGCUGCCUGGGCGUGGCUGCCCUCCACGGGCUUCUGUACGCAGCCGGCGGCUACGACGGGGCCUCCUGCUUGAACAGUGCUGAGCGCUACGACCCGCUGACGGGAACGUGGACGUCCAUCGCUGCCAUGAGCACCCGGAGGCGAUACGUGCGUGUGGCCACGCUCGAUGGAAACCUGUACGCCGUGGGCGGCUACGACAGCUCCUCGCACCUGGCCACUGUGGAGAAGUAUGAACCCCAGGUGAACGCGUGGACGCCCGUGGCCUCCAUGCUGAGCCGGCGCAGCUCGGCGGGCGUGGCAGUGCUAGAGGGCGCCCUGUACGUGGCAGGGGGCAAUGAUGGCACCAGCUGCCUCAACUCGGUGGAGAGGUACAGCCCCAAGGCCGGCGCCUGGGAGAGUGUGGCACCCAUGAACAUCCGCAGGAGCACACACGACCUGGUGGCCAUGGACGGCUGGCUGUAUGCCGUGGGGGGCAACGAUGGCAGCUCCAGCCUCAACUCCAUCGAGAAGUACAACCCGAGGACCAACAAGUGGGUGGCCGCGUCCUGCAUGUUCACGCGGCGCAGCAGCGUGGGCGCAGCCGUGCUGGAGCUGCUCAACUUCCCGCCACCCUCCUCGCCCACGCUGUCCGUGUCCUCCACCAGCCUCUGACCCGCCGACGACAGAGGCCCUCGGCCUUCCACAUGCCUUAAGGGGGUGCACGGCCCCACCAGGGACACCCCACACCAUCUGUCCAUGUCUCUGUGUCCGUUGAUGUGAUCGUUUAUUUAUUUAUUCGUUAUUUAUUGCUGGGUGAACAGCAUU